UCGAGAUGACUCAGGAGACAAACCAGACCCCAGGGCCCAUGCUGUGUAGUACAGGAUGUGGAUUUUAUGGAAACCCUAGGACAAAUGGGAUGUGUUCCGUUUGCUACAAAGAGCAUCUUCAGCGACAGCAGAAUAGUGAUAGAAUCAGCCCAAUGGGAACAGCCAGUGGUUCAAACAGCCCUACCUCAGACUCUGCAUCUGUACAGAGAUCAGACACUAGCUUAAACAACUGUGAAGGUGCUGCUGGCAGCACAUCUGAAAAAUCAAGAAAUGUGCCUGUUGCCUCUUUGCCUGUAACACAGCAAAUGACAGAAAUGAGCAUUUCAAGAGAGGAAAAAGUAACACCGAAAACAGAGACUGAGCCAGUUGUUACUCAACCAAGCCCAUCAGUUUCUCAGCCUAGUGCUUCGCAGAGUGAAGAGAGAGCUCCUGAACUGCCCAAACCAAAGAAAAACAGAUGUUUCAUGUGCAGAAAGAAGGUUGGCCUUACAGGAUUUGACUGCCGAUGUGGAAACUUAUUUUGUGGACUUCACCGUUACUCUGACAAGCAUAACUGCCCGUAUGAUUACAAAGCAGAAGCUGCAGCAAAAAUCAGGAAAGAGAAUCCAGUUGUGGUGGCUGAAAAAAUCCAGAGAAUAUAAACUAACCUGCUUGUGGAGAGACUGUCUGACUUACUGUUUUCUUUUUAAUAUAAUCUAGGAAAACAUGAAAGAGCAGGUGCAUGGCCAUUAUCCUUUAUUCUCCAAAGUUUUACUUCUAGUCUUGUCUGUCUUACGGAUAUUUCAGAAUGUUUGGGUAUUUGUUACAGGCAGAAUUGGAUAGAUACAGCCCUUGAAAAUAUAUAUGCCCUCCCCAGAAUGUAAUUGGAUGAUCACGAACCUGCACAGGAAUACACAUGCAUUGAGGACAGACUCUCUAGUUUACACGUGCCAAACAGAUGUAUGCUAUCUGCAUGUUUGCAGCAGAUCUGCCUUUUGAGAUAUGUAAGGUAUAUAAUCUUUGGCUAGUGUUUUGUGUCUGUUUUAGAGAA